AUGAAUAUAGUGUCGCUCAUUUUGUCUAACUUACCUACAGUCCUACUCUCAAAAUGGUCAGACUAUAGUUUCCCGCUUAUCACCGAGGGCAAGAAGUCACGAUUGGAUAUUUUAGCAGAUUUCUUACAAGAAGAAGCGGUGAAAAUCUCGACGACAUCUAAUAUUCAUCUCAUCGGCAAUAACUUCAACCGCGUACAUAAUACGGUGCUAGUGACAACAGACAAUCAUGACUUUAAGUGUUUAUACUGCCGUGUUUCUAAACAUAAGCUAACAGAGUGCAAGCGCUUUAAAAAAUCACUACGAAAAGAUCGGUGGCGUCACGUUAAACGACACGGCAUCUGUUAUAAGUGUUUACUAUCGCGUCACGAUCGAGAAACAUGUCCGGCCGCGCCGUGUGAUAUCGAGAACUGUGGACAGUCGCAUCAUCGGUUAUUACAUUAUCCUAUAACAAAAGAUAUUCGUUCCCCGGGUAAUAUAAACAUUACGGAAAUAACAGAAAGUGCAACAGUGACGAACAUUAAUUUAUCUAACUGUAAAGUGUUUUUGAAAACCGUGCCUAUCAAUAUUCAUGGGCCAAACGGUGUAAUUAGUGCUACCGCUUUGCUAGACGACGGGUCGACCGUAUCGUUAAUAGAUUAUGAACUUGUAAAAAAACUCGGACUAAAUGGACAUAAACAAAUUAUGCGUGUGAGUGGUGCAUGGAACAAUAACUCAUUAGAAUGUGUUUGUGAGAUAGUAGACUUAAGCGUGUCAAACAAAGACGGAACUAUGUUUCCUAUUCGCGUGAGAAGUGUAAAAGACUUAAACUUACCUGUACAUGAUUCAACGUCGAUUGAUCUUACUAACUAUGUACAUUCUAUACCUGACAUAAAAAAUUGUUUAAAUAAUGAACUCUGUAAACCUAAAAUAUUAAUUGGCCAAGAUAAUUAUGAUUUAUUGUUACCGCUUAAAAUAAUAAAAUUAAAAAAUAGUAAAUUAUAUGUUACACGUACUGAGUUAGGCUUAUGCAUUCAUGGAUGUUUACGCGAACCAUCCCCGCUCCACCAGACCCCGCCCAUUAAGCGAGUACAUCAUUCAGCGUUAUUCAUUACUAACGAUUCAGAUAAAGAAUAUGAAAAUAAGUUACGAAAUUUAGAAGAACAAAUACGAAUAUCAUUUACAAUCGAAUCAAUGGGCAUCAGCAUGAGACCCAGGAAAAAUCCAGAAGAUCUUCAAGCUAUACAAUAUUUAGAAAAAACAUCUGUACUUAAAAAUGGAAGAUGGCAUGUCGGUUUACCCUGGAAAGAUAAUAACUGUGGCUUCGAGAUAAGAAACAUAACGAGUAACAACGAAGCGGUAUUAAACUGCAUUCCACAAGAGACCUUAGGAACGACUGCAGUAAGGUUCAAAAUUGAACAGCCAAAUGAGGGCGAACGUACACUUGGAUUGAUUUGGUAUCCGAAAGAAGAUCUGUUGUCUUUUGACGUUUCUUUUAAGAAGAUUCCUGUAGAUAUAAUAACAGGCGACACGCGACCUAGCAAGAGACAGAUGCUUAAAGUUUUAAUGUCAAUUUUCGAUAUAUUUGGAUUUCUUUCGCCUUUUACAAUCAAAGGAAAAAUUAUGUUACAAGACGUAUGGAGAUUACAAUUAGAUUGGGAUGAAAAAAUACCUGAUACUAUUUAUGAAAAAUGGAUUGAAUGGCUACAAUUAUUAAAAGAAAUUAAUCAGCUGCGUAUCCCAAGGCAUUAUGUAACGGCCGCAAGAGUAAACGAGACGGAACUACGCUGCACUUCCGAUGCGAUUACGCAUACGUCACCCGAGCGGCCGCCGUUGCCAGUGUCUUGUAUUAGCGAAUCUCUCGCGUGCGCGUCUAACGGGCAGAUAACUUCAUCGUUUGUCGCUCAUCGCUUAGGAGAAAUAGAUGAAUUGUCAAAACCAAACGAGUGGCGUUACAUACCUACGAAACUUAAUAGUGCGGAUAUCGCCACCAAGGAGACUUGUGAUUUAUCUGUGUUAAAGAAUGAGUGGUUUUAUGGUCCGGCGUUUCUUCGUGAUCGAGAUACUGAAUGGCCAGUAGACACACAGCUACCGGAGACGCCCCAUCUGGAUCUCGAAUAUACUAUGACCAUGCAAACAUACAAUAAAUCCUUACCAGCUGUUCCUGAUCCUGAAAGGCCCAGGAAGACUGCUUCCACCUCUUCACUGACCGACACCUACCGAUUUGACAGAAUGGAUCACUAUACUCAAAAGACAGAAAAAAAAGAAGAUGGGUGGGACCUUACUGCAAAGCCAAAUCGUCUGCUGGUAGAACAGAAUAGA